UCCCGCGGCAUGUGGCAUCUUAGUUCCCUGCCCAGGGAUUGAACCCACAUUCCCUGCAUUGGAAGGCAGAUUUAACCACUGGACCACCAGGGAAGUACCUAUUUGUGAUCUAAUUAUCAGUAUGAUUAUAUGUAAAAGAAAGAAGAAGUGGGGAGGGAAAGGGAGAAAAGGGGAAAGGACCUCAGAUUGGGAAUCAGAAAAGCAGGUUGAAGUCCUGAGUCUGUACUUCCCAGCUCUGUAACUUUAGAUAAGUCUCAUAACUCUGAGCCUCAGCUGGCUCUACAUGUUUGUAAGGAUAAAUAAGUUAUUUGUAACCUACAACAUGCUCUGAAAUCAUAAGGGAUUAAAGGACCAUCCAGUGCCAGAUGUAUAGAUAGACAGGUAUCCAUAAACCAGGGUGUGACUGCCUCAAAGACAGAACUAGGUCUCACUGUUUUUUGUAUUUCUAGCAUCUAGCCCCAUGCCUGGAACAUAGAACGUUACCAAUAAGUGUUCGUUGAGUAAGUGAGGCAAUGAAAGAAUUAACUUUGAAUAAGUGAAUGAAUGAUAGUAUGUAAAAGACAGGUGGGUGUCAGGUGACAAGUUGUUAAGUGGCUAUGGCACUGCUAAGAACUGAAGUUACAAUGUUUAAUUCCUUAUCUGUUAAAUGUUUCAGUAACAUGGAAGAAUAAUUUGCACAUAUAUGUAUUUUUACUUACAGAUUCAUUAAUUCAACAAAUGUUUAUUAAGUGCCUACUAUAUACCAGGCAAAGUUCUAGUCCUGGGCAUACAGUGAUGUCCAUUUUAAUCAUUUGUUUUAAAAAGGCCUCUGGCACUGAUGAUUACCUUCAGUGACAGUGUUGGUUAAGCCCUGACCCCUGGUGCAAAUUGAAAUAUAUUCCCAUUAGUUAUUGAUGGGCUGUAAUUUUUUUUUAAUUAAAAGUUCUUUGGGAAAAGAACUUUUUCUAAUUGCUGUUUCCUACUUUUAGCCGUUAAUAUUUAGUUUGGGAGCAUAACAUUUAACGAUUUUUAAAAAGCAACAGGUCAAGUUAAUAUAUAUUAGGUGAUGGAUUAAAAAGCUAGAUAAUCAAGCAGAUAGAUGACAGGGAGUCAUUCUUCCAAUCAACCUGAUGAUGUCACUGGAGAAAAGAAGGUCAGUUGGAACGUGAUGUCUGGCAGUUACAGGGAGCUGUGGCUAGGAAGAGGGUACUCAAGCUGCCCUGGAGUCCUUAACCCGCAAGCAGCCAACAUCAUGUGUCCAGGCCCCUGUACCAGAGACACCGGACAUCUUUGUGACUGACAGAGUGAUCCCAAAUGGAGAAAGACGAACCCCCACUGUUGGUGACCCCUGUGUCGGUGAAAGCCAUCAUCUCAAGAAUUGAGGCUGCCCAACUAACUCGGGCUCAGGAGGAUAUUUCUUCCCAGCUCCCAGACAUCUUGGACAAUGUCAGCUGUGCCAUCAGCCGCUUCCAGGAAGAAUUAGGAUAUGAUUUCAAAACAAAGGCAAAGUCUCACCAGACAGAGCGAAAGGGCAAGAACACAUUCAUCUUGCUGGAGAAAAUUACCUCACUCUCCAAUGAUGCUAAGACUAAAGAAAAGCACUUGUAUGAAAUUCUCCACUGGCUAGGUGACUGGGGUGACAGUCUGACCUAUGAGAUCAGGAACAGGUAGAGUGAGGAGGAAGAGGAAGCCCUGGAUGAAUGGAUCGAGGUGAUGGAGAAGGGGUUACCUCUCUCCCUCAUCGCCACCAAAGGAGGCAUCGAGUCUCUCAUUUCCCUCUGCUCCACUCUCAUUGAAGGACAAAGGAAAGGGGCACAAAUGUCCAAACACACUUUCUGGCAGGGCUGGCGGGAACAAAGCCCACAAAAAGUGAUAUCCUGCCCUCAGCCACUGAGCCCAGAGCAGAUGCUCCAGGACAAGCACACUACCUGCAUAAGGGUCUCCGAGGUGAAGUCCAUGCUGCAGGAACUCCUAGACUCCACAAUGUUCAACCAGGGGGAGGUUCGGGCCAUCAGGUACAUGUCUGCUGUGGUCGAGAACCUCAACAAGGCCUUGAUGCUCCAGCACAAGGAGAACAGAAGCCUGGAGGCCAAAUACAGGCACCUGAAAAUAGAGAUGACCAAAGAACUCAGCAGCCAGAGGCUGUACUUCCAGAAGUCCCUCCAAGUCCUCAAGAGUAAGAGAGAUGCCCUACUAAAGCAGGUAGAAAUUCUAGGGGGAAAGUACCAUGACCUUCUCCUGAGGAAGCAUGCCUUAGAGUUCCAGCUGAACAAGGCUCAGUCUGCUAGAGGUCAAGCAGAAUACUCAGUCAAGAUCUUGGUUGACUCCCCAGCCCCUGCCAAGAAAGAGGCCCUCCAAAAGAAAGAAACAGUCAUAGAGGAAACCCAACAGGAACCCAAGGAGGAGCAGUUUUCACCGCUCUCCCCAAGUCGCCUGGCCAUGACCUGGGAUAGUAGUGCUAGGCCUUCCACGUGUCAACCACUUUCCACCAUGACUGUGCAUUCAAGGAUUGCAGAUGUGUACAGCAGCCAGGACACUGAAAAUCUUCAGCCCGUGUUGCCAUCCUCCAUGCAUCACAAGUUUCCUAAGAAAUGGGAAAGACCAUCAGCAGAAAGCCCAGGCCACAGAGUCAAAGACCAGAAGGACUUCUUCCAGGAAGUGACCCAGGAGAAGGAAGGACUCCAGAUGAAGUCCCAUUUUCAGAAGCAGCUGUCCCCAGAGAGCUCUAGGAAGGUGGCCUUGGAGAGCAAGGCAGAGCACUGGGAAGAGGAACUCAGCUGGGAGAGGCAAAGGCAGCAGUGGCUGGAGGAGGAGAUGUGGCUGCAGUGGCAAGAGAAGUGGGCCCUGCUGGUGGGACACCGGGAGAAGCAGCGGCAGUGGGAGCAGGGGGAAGCAGCGAGGGGGUGGCAGUGGAGAUUGGCCCAGGAGCAAGGGGGCCCAUGGAGGGGGCCGGAGCGGACAGGAGGGGACGUGGAGAGAAUGGGCUUCGUGCCCACCAGUCGAUGGAGGGACUUGGAGGAGGCAUCACUGGCACCUCCCCCAAGCCAGGCCCAAUCUGCUCACCAACGCAGGAGGCCACACUUGCCCAGGUCCCCUAAGACCCAGCAGCCUGCCCCUGGAAACCAGAGGACCAUGAGUUCAGCCGAGUUUACUCAGAAACCACGGGCCCGCUGUGUUCCCAUGAAGCCCAAGAAGACGGCCUCCCUUCCUGUCACGGGGACAUCCCUCCGAAAAGUGGCCCAGCCCCCUUUGCACACAUCCCCAGUAACUCCGAAGGGGAAGGUAUACCACGUGGACGUGGAGGCCCAGAGGAAGAACCUGCAGCUCCUGACUGAGGAGGAUCAGCUGGGGCUGCCCCACUACCUGAGCAACAAGGUGCGGGAGCUCACCACCACCGCCGUGGAGCUGAACGUGCUCAAGCUGUGGUGCCUGUGCCAAAAGUACAUCCUCUACAGACAUUUCCAGAGCCUCCGACAAGAAGUGAUCAACCACGUACAAGUUGUGCGAGAAGCUGGGGCUGCCUACAAGGCCCAGAACCUCUACCUCUUCCUGGAAAACGUCGGCCUGCAGAACCUCCAGCUGCAGGCCUGGACAGACAAGCAGAGGGACCUGGAGGAGAAGCGCCGAGAGUGCCUGAGCACCAUGGUGACCAUGUUCCCCAAGCUCCAGCAGGAGUGGAACAUUAACCUGAACACCCCUGUGGCCACCUCCCCAAAGUCAAGGAAAAGCAAACCUCCCCCAUCCUUACUGCGGAACAUCCAUUCCAGCAGCCCCUCCUGCAAGCGACACCUGGAACUCUUUAUGACCAAGCACCAGCAAUGUGUGCCCCUGCGGAUGGCCCACCAACAGGGGAACCAGCUGGAGGCCAUCUGGAAGACUGAUGUGGCCUCCUCCAGUCACCCAGUAGAAAAGAAGACCCCCACCAGCCUGUCCUGGGACCAGCUAGGGGGGUACCCAGAUAUUCCCCGGCUGUCGGCAUUGGAUGUGCAUUCCUCCUACCACAAAAGCUUGAUGUCCCUCAAGGCCUGGUGUCUCCCCUGGACUGUCUGUCUGACAGGUAAGAUAGCUAUGUGCCUGUACACACCGAGCGCUGUCUGCAGUUGGAGAAGUAUCUUAACCUCGACUCUAACUGCCCUGCCCUCCCUUGCUCAGAGCCUAUUUCUGCACAAAGUACACGAUGGUUCACACGCGUGUGCUGAGAUGCAGUGAUUGUGGAUUCACAGACUUCCAACGUGGUGC